CUUUAUCUCUUUCAACGAUAGCUAAUCAUCAAAAGUGAGUAUAUAUUAAUUGUACGCGCUUGGUCAGAUAAACAUAUUUUAAGAUAUCGCCGUAAAGAUGGAUUUAAAUAAUAAAGUAGUUAUUGUGACUGGUGGAAGUUCGGGUAUUGGAGCUGCCACUGCACUACUUUUCACUAAAGAAGGUUCAAGAGUUGUAAUUGUGGGAAGAAACGAAAAAAAACUGAAAAAUGUAGCAGGAGAAUGUGAGAAAUUGGGAAAUAAACCUCUUGUAAUUGUUGCCGAUGUGUCCAAAGAUCCUGAAGCAAAGAGAAUUAUUGAUACUACAGUGAAUCAAUAUGGACAAAUAGAUGUGUUGGUCAACAAUGCUGGUAUUAGCAGGUCCGCUGGUAUAGGCGAUGAAAAUGCUUUAAACCUUUUUGAUGAAAUCAUGGCUGUCAAUCUUAGAUCAGUGGUUUACCUUACCCAUCUUGCAACUCCUUAUCUCGUUGCAAGUAAAGGUAAUAUAAUAAAUGUAUCAAGUAUUGCUAGUACCGGAGUAAUAGCCCCAAAGAGUUUUGCUUACUGCACAUCUAAAGCGGGUCUGGAUCACUUUUCAAGAUGCGUAGCAUUAGAACUAGCUCCCAAAGGCGUGCGAUGUAACAUUGUCAACCCAGGUCCUGUUCGGACUGACAUUAUUGAGAAUUCCGGUUUUAAUGCAGAAAUAGCAGCGGCGAUUUGGAAAUCCAUGGAAAAGGCAACUCUCCUUGGAAGGGUUAGUGAUUCAAACGAAGUGGCUGAGUUAGUUGUUUUUUUAGCGAGUGACAAAGCGAAAGGUAUUACUGGAUCUUCGUUUGUGACUGAUAAUGGAAGCUCAUUGCUAGGAGUUAUUUCGUCGCCGAUUUUUGAACAAUAAAAAACAACUUACGUUUUUGUAGAAUAAAAUACUUUUUUCUGACAAAA